AUGCAAGCAGUCAUCGCACUAUGCCACUUUUGUGAGAAUCACGGACCACGGGUCGUAAUGACUUGCCAGCCAAUGCGAGAUUUUGGCGAAAAAGGUAAGAAACACUCACUUGUUCAUUGAGUAGCUAUGCAUUUGCCUGGCUUGAUAGAAGUUGAAAUUAUGGGAAUACCACAGAAAGGGUUGGAAUACUGCGGUUUUGGCGUUGAAGCAUACGAAACCGACACCUUGUUCACUUGUUAUUUGUUUUUAUCAACUUGACAGAAGGCCGGAAAAUAAGGUGUGAUUGGGGUACUGGUUGAAAUGGAGCGAAACAGCAGAAAAGAAAUGAAAUGCGUCGUGGAAGUAGGUUAUUAGUGGGAAGAAGCAGCUUUGUCGACGGCGGAUUAAGAGAAGAAGAAGAUGAGGACGACUACGCGGAGGUCUCGUGGUAGGAAAAGGGUCGGAUGAUUUGCAGAGAUCGGCAAAGUACAUGCCGAGGAAGAAAUGAAGAAAGGUUGAUAAGAGCGGGACAACCAAUGAAUUGAUGUCAGCGAUCUAGAUGUCCUAGAUGGAAACGGAGAAUGGGUUCAUAGAUAUCGCAUUAUAUUUGGAGAAGAAAGUUGACGAUUCACACAGUCAGACAAUAGUAGGAGCGUUUACUGACGACAUGAAACACGGGAUGACUCACACUCACACUCCCAACAGCUUGCUUUCUGUAUCCCAUUCAAAUAACGAAAAGACUCCCAGCCAAGAGUACAUUCUAACGAAGUAGGUGGGGGGAAAUGAAGAAAGCGAAUUUCGAAAGGGCGCUUCGAAAGAGGCAUUCGCUCAUUUUAAAGUAGAUGACCAAAAACCACGUCAGAACGACGAAGACGAUGGGCGGGAAGAAAAAGAAAGAAUGAGCGUGCGCACGGAGCAUUUGAGAGAUGAAUGGAGCGAGACGACUACUAUCUGACUGCCAUCUAAUGCAGUGUAUAGAGAGACAAAUUGCAAAUUUCUUGCACCUCUUUUCUCCAUUUUGUGUGCGCGCCACGACGAAGGAGGUAUCUCCUAUCUAUUUUCGUCCCGAGAACAGAAAAUGGCGAAAUUGGUUUGUGGAUGCAAGAACAAAUAAGAAAGGCAGAGAAGAAGGAAAAGAAAAAAGAAGAGCGAGAGAGAGAGAGAAAGAGAGAUGAAACGAGUAGAUGAAGUAUCAAAAAUAUGAGCGAAAAAAGGAGAAAAGGGAAAAUUUGGGCGUGCAAGAAGGUCUCUAAUGGAAGAGAGUGACGGGCGCGGUAGGGAUGUGCACUGCGACGAGACGGUCGCGCCCGCUCUCAUUCUCUGUCGCUCUUUCUCUCGCACACUCUCACCGUCCGUCUGCCAAACAAGCGGACUGUCUCUGGAGACGGCGAAGGGAACGGGCGGGCGCCCCCUCGAAUAUUUUACGAUCGUUGUAUGGGAAUACGGUAACGCGGUGCAAUGCGGCGUUUCUUCUCUUUCACCAUCCCCAAUCCACGGGUCUUUCGAAACAAUGUGGAUGACGGAGAGAAGCCUGUGCAAGAAUAGAAAACAAGUAGCUAAUGCGCUAAUAGGGGAUUGUGGAAAGUGCAAGUAGCGAUAAGAACGCGCCACGGCCAGACCAGUGCAACUGUGUACUGAACGGUGCACAGAAGUCGGUCUGUGAGAGGAGAAGGCGAGUUUGUUAUGAAUGCGAGUCAACACGUCCUAAUGUUAUGUCUGUCUCUGGGCCUCCCGCGUCGAUAAAUAUAGUCGAGAGACGCAGAAAUGAAUAAAGGGACAACAAAAAUCGGUCAAUUUGCAGACAUUUGCACGCCGUCGACGUCACUCGGACCGUCCACAAGCAAUUCGCCGCCGGGGCCGAUAGUUCCCUUAAUAAAAGUGAGAAAUGGGAGAAUGGAAUGGGGAAAGUAAGUAAAAAAGGAUUCGUUACAGUUAGACGGUGAGAACGAGCCCAUCGAUCAGCGGCUUGUGGAUCGACCGAAGGCAGUAGGUAAUGAAGACACCGCUUACCCACACUACGGGAACUGUACAAAGCAUACCAUUGACACAGAGGAUAGGUACGCAUUCGCCUUCUCAUCCGGGCCCCCGCCAGAAAGUAAAAAUGGGAACGAUUGGUUUUGCAGGUGUUCAGCAUGUUCGUCAUUUCGAAAUGGACCUUGUCUCUUGUCAAAUGAUCAUCAGACUCAAACGAGUUAUGUUUCAACCGAGGUGAGAGGAAAGAAAAAGCGAUUACGGGCGAACUCAGACCAGUACCUAAAGAGUAGUUUCGCGAUAACUGACGGUUUGUGCGACUACAGUCUCAUUGCCAUAAAAAGGAAACAGUUCCGUUGUCGAACUUUUCCUUUCCAAAACUGAAGAUAAGACGUACCGUUAUCAUGACGUUAUCGGUUUUGCAGGUAGCACUCCAAGAUCGGGUUUACGAACGGGUGAAGAACGCGUGUAUGCGAUCUUUGAGCUGCGAAGUGUCAGCCGCGUCGACAAAAAGCCCCGUUCCGCCGCCGUCAACGACACGACAUAACACGCCACGAAAGUGGCAUCCAGAUGUGAUUCACGAGGAACCAAUGCAGGGUGGGCCAGACUGACAGUCGUUGAAUGAUGGCUGCGGGCGGACUGACUGUAGUGUAAAUUCUUUCAGGAACACGAAUUCCACCGUCGGCCGCUGUGUUACAGGAGCCGAACGAUGACGGAAUAUUCGAGCAGCCGUCAGUCAAUUCGAAGAGAGAUCUCUUCUGAAAUGGUUGUUUUCAGGGCAGCAGAAGAGGCGGACGGGUGUGUGAUAUUCGGUGAUACGGACAACGGGUAUUGUUUUGCAUACACUUUUCGGUAAGAUAUGAAUUCAGGAGGAUAAUCAGAGUUAUCAAUUUUAAGGCUAGCAGAUGCAAAAGCACGAGGCUUCUAUCGACUGUUCUCGUUAAUCGUCGUCAGCAAUGAUCUAACGUUUCUUACGAAUAACUUUGAAUAUUUCAAACAAUCGUUAGGCGGGAUAAAGAAUGAGCUACAGGUGUGUUGACGAGCGAAAUGGAUGGAAGAAUGGAAGUUUCAGAGAUUGGCUCAAGACGUGUUCACUCGAGAGAUUGAUGUGGGCGAGAAGCUGACGGAAGAUGACAUACACAAACCGGAAUAUCAGAAAUUGGUUGGCAAAAUGCCAAGCUGGUAUAGGCGAAAGGUGAGUCACAUCGCACAUCGGGGGAACCAUCGUUUCUAUUCCGCACUCGCGUAUGGAAAGGAAUCGAAAGAGAGAGAGAGGGAGGGAGAGAGAGAGAAAGAGUUGUGUCGUGUCGUGACAGUCUUCGAAAUUAUGGAAGAGAGCCAAGGGGACGAGAGAUUGCAGACGGUCACACAACCAAGGAAUUGAUUAUUAUGAAAGUGGAAACUGACGAGGAACAUUUAAAUAGAAAGUCAUAGGUAGGCAACUGGUUGCCACGUCAUUGUUGAAAAUAUAAUAUGAAUUGGAGACUAUGAUAAUGAACAGUGAGAGAAGAAAAUGGUUAUUGAAGACCACAUGAAAUAGAGAAGAAGCCUAUUAUACAACUUUUUUCGAAAUGCCCAUCCAGCGACUACGUUGUUUCCCAACUUACCAAAAACUCAUGAAAUAUGAAGCCAGCGUUGAAUAGCCAACCAGAGAGUUCCAAGCGAAACACAUAAAUAGUUACUGCUGUGUGCGACUGGCGGCCUAAAAAGCCUAUGCCGAAGCGAAAACGUCGAUAAACGCAGGCGAAGAAGAGAGGGCGAGAGACGCCGGGGUGGUCCCUGAUAGAUGGCCGCGUUCUAGAAGCACCUCGGCCGCCGACUGGGAUAAUCGAUGAGGGCGCAGCUUCCGCAUGCGUCUCUUCUUGGGAACUGGGCACAUAUCAACAUCCUCUUUGAAAUUAUUCCAAAAAAGAACGAAAAAAGGAAGAAGCAUACAAAUUAAUAACAAGUCUUGCAGAUAGCAAUUGACACGGAUCGGAAUCUGACGGUGGUGACAGCGAACGAGCAGAUUUGGGUGUUGUUGCACAGGUAAGAUCGGAAAACGGAAAAAUAAAGAAUUCUGAGAGGGUUUGUCUGAUUUUGCGAAAGAAGGUCAACCGUUGUUGUUCCAUGAAAUGCUCUAUUUCUCAUUCCUCCGAUCCCUCUUGUUCGUCUCUUCCCAUGCGUUCCACUCUUCUCCACCUCUCCUAUAUUACUGAUUGACACUGAAAGAGAUUCUCACUCGACCGUAUCGUGUUUUCAUUGCAAUCAAACGCUUUCGGUCCGACCGCUGGUUGUUGAGGAGUAAAGGCCAGUUUGUCUCCCUUUUUUCAACAAAGCGAGGAGGUAAUUAUUAGAGUGGAAACGAGGAAUGGCACGUAACCCCCGACCGCCACAAACAGCAGCAAACUAGUCGGUUGACCUGGUUUCGGUCCCUUUUGAACCAAAAUUUUCUGUUCGGGUGGUCCGAUACUUCCCCCCAGACACACACAAUUGACGAGUUCAUAAUAUGCCGGAAAGCACUAAAAUUGAAUGGAAAGCAGGCUUUGUGUGUGUGUGUGUCUGCUGUUGGUGCAGUGUUGUUAGUGCUCGAGAAGUGCACAAUUUUACGAUUUUUGGUACGCCUUCCGUCGAUGCCGCCACCGAGACAAUAAAUUGUUCUGUUGGCUGCUCGUCGUCGGUGAGCACAUCAAAAGAACGCAUUGAAAUCGACUCCCCAGUACGCUCUGAGUGUUUGGCGAAGCGCAAACUCAUCCACACGUAGGCAAAGACUUUGAGAACUGUUCAAAAGGGUUUUCGUGAGGAUUAGUAUUUAGGUAAAGUCCCUCGCUCCUCCAUCUCUUGAUAUUAUGGUCGCCGCCGUCCGUCAGGGGGCCCUCCGAAAAACGACGAGGGGGAAAUUCGACACGCGUUGGGCAAACAAACAUGAGGAGCGAGAGAAGGAGUCAGGGUGGUGGUUUUAAGAUGAACGAGCGGGGAGAGUGAGAGCGGAUUUCUGCUUCACGGGAGGUAUCGACGUUGCCUUUCUCAUUCUCCUUCUUGCGCUCCGAGAGCAUUUUGACGCCGCGCACAGCCCAUCUUAGCUCUUUCUCGCACUCAGUCAAUGUGUGCCUUGAUGUUUAUUCGAGAAGGGCGCGUCAAUUGCGUGUCUGAGCGCAGAGAUGAUGAUCGUGGUGUUUUGAUUGCCAGUGAUACGAUACGUCGCGUCUAGCCUCUUGUUAUUUUGCACCAAGCUCUCGCUCCUGGCACCGCCGAGCCCCUCGUCGAGACCACACAGAUAGAGAACGCAACGGGAAUAUGUUAACGAAUAGUCGGGUGGAUUACAAAUAAACAAGAGACAGAAAGACGAUGAAAGUGAGCACAAACAAAUAUUUUUGAUUUUUUUGGCGCACCUCUGGUUAAUGCUCUCUGCCUUGUUUGGACUAGUCAAGGGUUACGGUAGCAGUCGGUCAGAACGAGAAAGGUGUACCAAUAUGGGGCUGAUGAAACUGUAAACAAAAAUUAAACGAGCUUUUUGAGUGUCCCCUGCCCUACAAAAUUACUCGAAACUCCAUUUCGUAAGAACCAAUUGGGCUGAGUGCACGGGAAAUGGAACAUCUUCGAAGAGGCUUCUUGUUCCGAAACUAAUUUACUCUGGGGAUUACAUAGUCCUUUUUCACUAAUUGGACCUCUUCGAAAUCCCUCUUGACCUUUUUGCUGAUUGUUUAAUUUUCUUUGCCUCCGUGCAAUCAGUUAGUGGUUUUUUGUCCUCCGGAAAGCUAUUAAAGUUCGGGCGAAUAGCUGCCUCUCGCAGUAGCAUUCCAUGCAAAAUUAAUGAGAGGCAGUCGUCGAGCAGCCCGCUGUGUUUGACAAAUUGAAUGCGUUCUUAUAGCAUGCCAAAAGUGCAGCCGGAUGACCCAGAACUGAAAACAGAAAGGAGAAGGAGAUGCGAACAUUCAGAAGGGAUUGUGCCGCAUCUGCAUCCGAUUGGCCAUCCAUCCAUUCCGAGCCGUCGUCCUUCUGUCGUUUCAUCAUUGUCAUCGUAAUUUUAUUUUUAUGAUGCCGAUAUCGUAGUCGGUUUGUCAUGCAGAUGUUCAUCGAAUGACAGGAACUCGUACGGCCGAUUGCUCGUGCGACAAUUAGCCAGAUGUAACGAGCGCCUCUCGAAUCUGAUUUGAGUAUGUCCCUUCUGUCGAUGCAGUUAUCACUUGACUUCACAACAUUUAAUGGCGUAUUCUUGCAUCCCUGAGAAUGGAAACAGCUGUACUAACAGGUGACAGAAAAGGCAAACAAUGCAUAAUUUUGUGACACCGGGGAAAGCCCCUUUUCUUCCGUUUUUAACUGAUCGUUGAUGAGCUAUGGACACGCACAUAGGCGGCCUAAUGGACGUAUGGACGGAUUUGAGAAAGACUACUCUGUGGAAGGAGAUUUGUGUGUCUCUAGUUUGGUUGCGCCGUCGGAUUAUUCAUGAGAAAGUCACUGUUUAACAAUGACUUGGACGGCAACAACGACCCGGUUCUCUGAGAAGGAGUGCAUAAUUAGAAGUGAAGAAGAGAAAGUGGUUUAUGCAGAGUCCCCAAUGUCUGAAAGACCACGCCACCAUCGAUGGCGUUUGUUCACAAAGGAUAGAUGUACAUCAGAUAGGUGCGAGAUAAGUGAUCCAAGGCUGCCACGUCAUCUCUACUCUUUAUUGGCCCGGGAAACUGAGACGAUAGUGAUGUUUCUCUUCUUCUAAUAACCGAUGCGUCUGCCGCUAUCUCUUUUAUUCGACAAGUUCUUCCCGUUGGUGCCGAACUCGAACGAUAAUGAUAAAGUUGUGGUUACACUAGUUCUCUGCGGAUCAUAUCAGCCAACCGGGUGGAGGAUUUGGAUAUCAGCCAACCGGGUGGAAUAUUUGGGUGGACUUUGACCGGCCCAAAUGGAUAAUAUUCGAACCGCAUCUGCUCGGAACCGGGCCCAUUUUCUUUUCCCUCCUCACUCUCGCUCUAUUAUCCCCCCGCCGCACCUGUCUCCGUGGCAUCUCCAUACGAACAAGUGGUCCCACACAAUCGGAAUGAUGUCAUUGGGUCGGGCAGAAGGAAGAACGGGUUAUCAUCAUGAGCGAAGAGCAUCUGGCGUGUUCUGUGUAAUAGGAGCAAAGGUGAAAAAGGCACGUUUUAUGGCCUUAGUGUGUAACUCAGAUAGACUGUAGUUUUGACAAUUGCUAACAUUGUGUUGUGUACAAAGAUGUUGAACACGGCUGAGCUUUGAACCCGCAGUGGAUGCAACGAAAAUGAGCAAUGUUUGUUCCACUGCACGUUAUAACUUGAUGCUCAUCUCUUCGCUCCCUUGCAGUUGCCCCCUGAAAAUAAAAAGAGAGAAUCAACAUGCUGCUGCUGCGUCCCCCGUUUGGUACAAGGGUAUCCAUUUUCGGAAGACAUAAGGUUGACCCUUGUUAGAGCAGCUAGCUGAUCAGAGAUCAAGAGGCAACCGAAUCAGGCAGCAGAAAAUAUUAUUUGUGUGUGUGUGUCUUCCACCUCUCUGUGAUGUUCGUCUGUCUCGGCGUGUGUGCAAAGUGUCGUACAAACAUUCAAAGCGCUAGUCUGUCGCCCCCGUAGGAUAACUUGUAUUGCAAAAAGUCGUGGCAACAAUUUUCCAAAUGCUCAAAAAGUCCCUUGACACUGACGGUAUUCCGAUAUCGAGUUGGUUCGCUGGUCUCGACAGUAUCAUGCACGUUGCACAUCGGGCUGGCUCGCGAGCACAGUUCGUAUACAAACUAGGCAGUGUCUCUACUUUGGUCACUCUUUUGUACGCGACGUCGGUGACCAAGAAACGUGUUAGAUAGCGAAGGAUACAUAGCCGGGCUCCAUUAGAAAUAUGAUAAGAUUGGUCCGUGAAAAGAGAGAAGACCCUAAUGAGACCCCUCGAGCAUCCUUUCUCGUUUGGCCUCUAACCCAGUAUUAGCACUACAAAAUGACAUCUCGUCCAGUCCGUAUUUAGCUCUUGAACUCCAGACGUCGUUAAGGUGCAAAGAACAAAACUGAAUGCUGAAAAGUCUGGCGAUGUGUGAAUUCUGUUUCAGUGGUCGUUUGGCCUGAGCUUUGGGGAUCAAAAGAUUAACCAAUCAACCCGCGGAGUCUAAUUACUGUUAUAUUUGGUGAGGACUAAUGCCCCUCCCGACCAACGGACAGAUGUGUGUUGUAGAACGGAAGGACCCCCUGUGAAGCAGCUUUUGUGUCGCAACACACGCGUUGCCGACACGUAGGACUCUGAGCUCGAACACCUGCUCUCUCAAAUUUUCUCGAAUUACCACAUGAGACGAAUGUGCACAGAAAACAUCAGAAUUUAUGUCUAUCUGGUAUGGCUAGUCUCUUCCAUUUUAUAUAAAGCGUGAAAAGAAUUAGUUGUGAACAAGCGACGAACUGGAGGAGGGUCAUGAAACGGGAAAACGUCUCUUGCAAGAUUCUUUUGAAUAUAUUCGUAAAGUGGGAAAGCCCCGCCAGUCUUUUCGGUCAAUGGGACACAGACUCCACGGGACGUAAGUGGAAAUUUCAGAUUCUAUCUAUUGUUUUUGCCGUGCGAGAACCGCCGAUCAGUCGAUGGCUCCCUGACGGACAACGUGAGAUCGUGAACAUUUUGAUGAUAGGAGUACGCUGUUGCAGUAAGAAAAGUGGGAAAGAGAAAUUGGCUCAAUUUCGACUAGUCAAGAUUAAGCCAAUCUUUCUCUGAGUCCUACAAUUCCCUGCUCUCAGAUUGUAUGUCGCCCUCCGACAUUUCGAAAUUAUUCGGAUACAACAAAAGCAGGCACCCCUUUUGUCCGGAAUGUGUUGUUGUUUCGCGCCGUUGCGUGCGCAUAUCGUUAAUGAACAUCUUCACGCAUCGGUUCAUGGUCGGUAGUUACUCAGGAUGAGGAGGAGAAGGAGAAGAAGAAGAAGAAGACAAGUGUGUCUAAUUUCGUACUUUUCCCGCGUUUUUCUGGUCUGAUGAUUCGCUUCUUCUUCAUCUUCUCUUCCUGACACUCAUCUACCGGCAAGCAGUGCACAUUCAACACCGCUAUUCUCGGAAUAUGCAAAAGUGCAAAACGGGCAAAGAUUAUGUAGUGGGAAGAGGAGAAACGAGACGAAGUCAUUCUGCAAAAAUGUAUGCGUGAGCCGGAAAUGGGGUUGAUCUUUGAGUUAUCUGCCAUCAGGAGAUCCGCUUUCACAGGCCGGGGGAAGCCCUCUGCGCUGUUCCGUCUAAGUAUUGACUGACGGCGGUGUUGAUACGUGAGGCAAACAAGCGGAGCGCGACUUUUUCGACCGAUCGUCGCACCCGUCGCGCGGGCUCUCCGAGGUCAUACCAGCUCGCCUUUUUUGAAUACUAAAAGUAAAUCAUCAGAUUUGGCAAAGGUUAUAUUUCUCCGUCUCGCACCAAGUCGGUUCAGCGACCACGACGAGAGCGUGUUUGUUGGUUUUGAAGGGCAUAAGGAGGCUCCCUGUGGUGAAAAGGAGACUCGCCGCUUUUCCGACAUUCUGCCGUCUUCAGAUAAAUAGCCCAAUCAACACCAAUUAUCACAAUUCGACACGUGGACUACUUGACACUCUCACAAUGUGUCAGAAAGGGCAGUGGGUUACGGUAGCAGGUCAAAACAUUUCAGGGGAUGACGUAAUGACGCAAAAGACGAAUAUUCCCUCCUUUGGCGACACUGGUGAUUAUUUUAAAAAGAUCUAUAGACAGUCGGUUUUUAUUUCGUUCAUCCAGUGAAACCUUUGUUGCGACGGAGACAACGGCGAGGACGCCGUCCUUGAUGCGGAACUCGUUUUCUGUGUCGAAGUGGACCUGUGAUGGCCGCCCGUAUUGUAGAUCAUAAUAAUCUGAUACAUCGGAUGGCCUAAUCUAACCUAGGUGUUCUUUCCUGUUCUCCCUAUCAUCAUCUUUCUAAACUUUCACUUCUUUUGUUGCUUGAUCCGUAUCAGCACUGUUUGUAUCGCAAUUCGAAUUCAUUUCAGGCUCAUGAUGUGGACGCUCCGCUCCCCAACUCUAGCUUGCCGUGACCAGGUGAUGGAAGGGAAACCGACUCAGGAUAUGAUGGUAAGUGAUUCAAAACGAGACGAACGGGGAGGAAGCUGGGCUCUGCGCGACGUAUACUGGUAAUUGGCUUGCUUAUGCUGCGUUUGAUUGGUUCGUUUCCCGCUCUGCCGCUGUUGCACUUUCACAGUUAUUAUUGUUAUUGUGAAGCUGGUUAGUGGAACGCGGUUGUUCAGUAAGCAUGCACACGAGUGCUCAGUUCGGAUGCGAGUCGUGAGUUUUCGAAAAACUUUAAGAAGCUUCUGAAGCCAAUUCUCCAUUCUGGUCACGAUUGGUCAAGGAGAGGACAGAACGUAGUGAAGCUCCUCAGGCAAAAGAAGUUCCCGAAACUUUCUGCAAUGUGUGUGCGUGUGUAUGAAGGAAUUUGUUUGAAACACAUCAAAUUUAUACAUACACAUAGACCGCAGGAGGUCUACCCUCUAGCCACACAGAUGAAGCGGAAUAAGAAGAGAAGGGAGGCAAGUAUUAUUUGUCUGUUUUGUGGGUGAGAGGUGAGAAAAGUUGGACGAGACGGGAGGUGGGGGGAGGAGGCCAAACCAAAUACAAAUAGUCAGCGGAAGGAUCGAAGAAUGGUUUGUGUCACUCGAGAGAUCAAUAGCAGCCGCCCGCGUCCCUUGGAAAUGUUUUCAUACCGGCUCACGGAAGUUGAGAACUCGGGAGAAGAGCGCAUCCGUCCAAAGAGCACUUCUUCUUCUUCUUGUUCUCCUGCCUCAUCUUUCUCUCUCACUAUCACUCUCCGUCUCUGUCUCCUCCACACAUGCACACCACGGCUCAUUGUCGAUUCCGUGCUCAAUUAUUCUAAAUUAGACAUAUGCUAGACUGCACAUUCGAUUAGACACGCUCACUCACUCAUGAAGGCGACAACGCCUUCGACAGAGGCGACAGAAGCGAUGGCGUUCUCAUUUUGCAAUUCAAUUCGUGCCCUGGUGUUCCAGAAACCUGAGAAUGAGGAAGACGUGUGUGUCCGUCGGAAAGGGAACUAAAACAAGAUUGGGGAGGGAAAGAAUGGAGAGCCUUGGCCUAGGUCUUCAAGGCUAAUUGUGGCCUUCUUCAUUGAAAGUAGUUGAUAAUUGCUUUAUGACAUCUCCUUUUGUAUCGGUCGGUCGUUUCCUUCUUCUCCCUUCCUUCUAAUACUCUACUCUCGUCUUUGUUUGGUGGUAUUAUAUGGUUUUGUAGGAAGCUCUUCUCUUCUUCCCUCUAUUCUUCUUCUUCUUUGUCGGGAGCGCUCCAACAGCAAAAGUCAUGAUUUGAGGCGAGAAGUCCUCCGGGGAAUUCAACAGGAUGGGAGAAGGAGGAGAAGGACAAACAAGUCUCGGUGUAAACCAACGGCGCCAAAUCUUGCUCUGAUUUUCCGGCGAUUAGCGAGAAAGUCGUUUGUCAUCAGGACAAGGGAGAAAGAUAAUGCCACGUCACGAUAAUCCCCUGCCAAACAGAUAAUGUCACAGAUAAUGUGUGUAGUCUACGAGUUCCGAAAAGCUAAGCUAAAGCUGAUCCGUCGGGUGGCCAGAACAACAAAAACAUAUGAAACGAGGCAAGAAUGGUUAUUUACAGGUACUCAUGGAACUCGACGAAUCGGCCAUCGUGGAACUGGAGCUGAGACAACCGAACCAACAUCAGGUAAGCCGAGAGAAAACAAUGAAUACUCGGUCAUACUGUACUUAAAAGGAGUUUGAAACACAAAAAUGAAAGAAAAACACGUAGCCCCCUCAAUGUUUACUCAAUCCUCAAAAAGGCAGUCAUCUUGUCGCCUCUAGUCUUUUCUCGGGCUGCCUAUUCCACUCAAAAAACGAGUCAUUUGGCACGUAGCGUCGAACGGUGUUAUGAGCUUCUUUAAGGUUUCUCUAAUGCUCGUGCCAGCUCAUUCCCUUUCUUUUGAUGAAUAAUUUGCGCACUCGAUGAGUCAUUUGAAACGGAGCGAACAGCACGCUGAAAUUGUUGCUCUUUGCUGUGCGCUUUUUGAUUUCUCCUCCCUUUGUCGUCGUUAUAACCGAAUAUGAUUCACAACCGAAUGAACAAAGAUAUAAUGGUCAGAGGGGAGUGCAUCAUCCGCUUUAUUUCUCGCUCUCCCCAUCCUCUUUCUUCUUCUCUCUAUCUCGCUCUCUCGCACUGUCCACCUGCUGUUCCCUGUGUCGUUAAUUCUCAUUUUCCACUCAAAAUAGUCAUUUUCCAAAGCUGAAUGCCCUUAUCUCUGCACCCGAACAUCUCACUUGUUUGUUUCGAGACGACCGUCCUCCCAGUUUGAUAUUCAGUCGCCGUUAUCAGUUACAACGGGUGUCGCUUCGUUUCGAAAUGGCGUUUGCAGCUGUGCGUGCGUAUGUGAGUGAUUAUAAGCAACAGCGAGUAGUGAGCGGAGACGGCAGUUUUUUAGUACUCUGAUGUGCCCCUCCGUCCGUCCGCGGUCGAUAUUCCUUGUUCUCGCUUUUUGUUACUGCGUAAAGUUUUGCAUAUGCUCUUAGCUCACAAAUAUUUUUGUCAUUCUAGCAUCGUAUAACGUGUUUCCACACGCCGCUGCGUCUCUUCUCACCCCCCGUAUUUCUACCUCUUCCUCUCUUUAUCUCAACCCCUGGUUGCUCUGCCAGAUGGUCUUGAAAGGCAGUCGAGAAGACAACCUCUCUCCUUCCCCCUGCCGAUCGCCGCGCUCGGUGGCGAAUAUCUGCGUCUCUUCGUCUCUUAACUCUUGUGAAGGCACGCCCCUUUCGUCCAGCCGGCCGUCGAUCCGUCGUUCGCCCUCCGCCUUCUCGUCGUUGCCUCGAUUAGGGGGCGGGUUUCCCCCCUCCCCCCCCCCGUCGAUCGGCCGGCGGCCCGUCGUCGAGUGAGUCUCAUUCGGCCGUUGUGGUGUGCGGCUGCCUGCUUGUGUGGCCCGGAGACAGGCCUGCUCCGCUGGCGGCUGUCGCUACUGCAUCAUCUGCGCCUCUGAAGGGAGUUGAGCUCUGGACUGCUUAGAAAAUAACGGUGCCCUAGGAAUAUUUCUCUUCUCAGGGUGUGAGCGACGACUGAAUCGAGACGAGACAGCCGAGUGUGUGUAAGUAUGUGUGCGUAGACGGCCUGGCGCCGCCCUUUUCGGCCUUCUUUUCUCCGCUCGCUCGCCGGCAGUCGUUUCGGCCGGCCACCCAUCCCGUUGUCGUAGUCUCCUUUUUCUUGUUCCUCUCCGUCUUCUCUUCUCUUCUUCUCGCCUCAUUUCCGUCGACGUCUUCUACGUGUUUCAUAUUCUGUUCUCUCCAGAAAAACUUGUCAACUGUCGUUUCUGACGGCGGCUGCAGUUGGUUCACCUUCCCCGGUACAGUAUCUCGUUCGUCAGCAUCUACUCGAAGAUGUGCAUCGCGUCGAAUAACGGCUCAGUGGCUUCACCGAACCAGGAAGAAAUGGUCGCCGUAGACGGACAACGGCAGAUCAUCGUGGAGAUCCAGAAUAUGCCGCCGUCGUUCAUGAUGCGCGUGCACAACGAGAAGACGGAAACUGCCAUCGCCACGGAGCCGGAUGACUUCGAGGGCGUUGAGAACGAGAAGAUGGCCGGAAAGGUAGGUUGGAACGAGAAAGUUUUAUGGCAGAUGUUGUAAAAGGGAUCAGCCUUUGAUUGUCGGUGAUCUGUCUGUUUUAUGGGUUUAAUAGUAGAAAAGUACAGUAUGGCCAAGGUGAAAUGGGAUCCAGUUUGUUCUCAGCAUUUCAGUCAACUUUCAGGUGUCCAUGGCCCAGUUGGCGAAUCUCAAGACCAUCGCCUAUCAGCUGCAGUCGUGCGGCGAAUCCGGAGACUUGGAGACAAUGCUCUACCACAUAGUGACUGGAGGACAGGUUAGUACCGUAAUAACACUUUGGCGUUGAUCAGCAUAUCUGCCGCGUCAACAAUUAUGGUGGUAUCGUUAACACGCAUAUCUGAUCAGCGAACUAAUUCGAAUCGGAGGUCUCAUAAAAGGAAAUUGCCCGGUGUUACUGUACCGGCGUCGCGCGCGCGCCGCUGGAAAUAUCGAAUGACCAUGAAAAAAUAUUUACAAAGGUUGAAAGGAAACGGGUUUUAUGAAAGAGAAGCUACCGUAUCAGCGGGCCCACUCCGCCCAUUAGUAUGUGGGUACGUCUCGUACUUUUGACGUCUGAACUAGAUAAUUGAGGGCGCCCGUGUCGAUGGGGUGAGUGAGUGACAAGCAGAAAAAGUGCAUCAGCCUUUUGCCUUCUGCGGGCUGUCAACGGCAGUGUUCGAAGCGCCCGACUGACAUGAUUUAUGAGUGUCUUCUUCUUCUCCUCCAUCGUCUUCUUCUUCGUGUUCUCUUUCUCCUUGUCGCAACCUAACGUUUAUUGUCGUCGCCACCCGAGACAACGAGGGCUCUAGUUUAUAACCUGGGCACGACGGCGGCCGCGAAGUGAAGGAAGAGUGACGGCCCAUUAAAUUGUUAUGGUGACUGAAGGGACACUUUUUCGAAAGACGAAGCAGCACAAUCGGGCGACGACCAUUGGUUUCUGAUCAGAUCGUGGGAACGACCGGCGCUGACUCUCUCUUUUAGGUUACUGUAUACGUGUUUCACUCUCAUUGUCUGUGGAAUAAUGGAUGUGAAAUGAGGUUGGACGAUGGCGGCGUAAGGGUAAACAAUCGACUGUGGGGAAUCCGAGGGGAAGGGAAGGACGAACUCUUAGGUUUGGCUUUAACCGUCAUAUCCCAUCGCUUGUUUCCCAUUCAAUUUCGCCUUCUCUUCUCCCCGAUAGCAAACACUGUCGUUCUUAUACAAUUUCUUCACUGAAAGAAACGAACAAAAGAGCUGCGUAAUCGAAAAAGACAUGCUGCUUUUGAAGUCGCCGUUUGCAUCACCAUAACUUCCCUCUUUUCCCGUCGGCUUUUCUAUUCCAGUGGUACGAAAAAACAACUGAUGUUUGCAAUGAAACUGCCAGAUGCGGGGACCACGAUAAGCCACAGAAGAUGGCGGCGCGACGGGUGAGCAGACGGCAAAGGAGAUGCAUAAUAAAUCUGCAUCUGUAACGUUUACCAAAAUGUUUUGCGCACACAUCAAAUUUCGUCGAAUGGAGGAGCAGUAGAUGCGGCGGCGCGGCUCAGAGAAGACGGAAUAAGGCGGCGGGAAGAUGGAAGAUUUAUUUAUUUCGUGCCGUUGCUUACUCCUCGACGCUUCCGAAAUUGUUUAAAAUUUCGCUUCUUCGAUGUAACAAUCGUGUAACGAUGUAACAAAGGUAGUCCCGCUGGAAAAAAUAUGCAAAGAAUCAAUUCUUUUCGAGCAAAUACUGUACGCAAAACGUAGCCACACCAGAAUGAUCAAAAUACAAAGAAAUUCAAAUUGACUGUGAAUGUUUUUCAGGUGGCUGUGGUGUCCCGCGAGAAGAUGUACUGUCGGCAGUUUCUGUUGGCCAUCUCGAACCUGCUGCCGAUUGGGUGCAUCAAGUUGGCGACGUACAAGGAGCACUAUCUGCCCGAGUACAGGUGAGCGCAAUCUUUUGAUUUUUGAACUCUACGGGAGAGUUUCAACAUGUUUGGCUAGACAGCGGCUGUAGUACUUAUUGAAACUUAAAGGAUGAUGUGUGCUUUGUGUUUGGCUAGACAGGACAAUAAAGGCAAAACUCAGAAGGACGAACAGAACACUUGCAGCACUCGCUUCAAUCUGAUCGGAGGGCCGCUCAACAUGGACUUGCCCCUCGACUUCGCCGAUGUCAUGAUCUUCCGUGUCACGCCACGCGACCCGGCCUCUACUGACUACGAGAAAUCGUCGCUCGCCGAUUGCGUGAUUGAUGUUCGUCGUCGUCCGGAGAAGGAGGGAUGGAACGGGAUGCUCCCGCAGAUCGCCAAGCGCUAUCGCGACCUUUUGCUCGACGCGGACGUUAGAGAUACGGUCCUGGAGACUGUGCUUCGUACGACUCGCGAGGGAUGGAUGCACAAGGCGAAGAUUUGCUUCCAAAUGAAGAACCAACUGCCCGCUUCGGAAAUGUUCAAGCAUAUAACUGGAGUGUACCCCGAGGUAACAAUUGUAGCUGGCAAAACUCGAUGAAAUUUAAGUACUUUCAGGAUCAUCAAGUUGUUCUCUACUGGACCGCAGGCCUGUCGAACGCCUACAAGCAACACGUGCUGGCUACCAUCCAACAAUCGCAAGCUUCUGUCGCCGCCGCCGCUGCAGCUGCUGCACUUGCUGUCUCUCGUUCCGCCACCGCUCGUUAA